AUGUCUGAGAAUCCGUUUUAUCAGCAUGUGGUGGUCCAUGGGUUACCUUAUGACCGCGGGUUCUCCUAUGGUGAGCAAACCAAGGAGAAGAUCCAACUCAAUGUUACGUACUACAAGCAACCAGGCAAACUAGGACCAUGGUCUUCAAUUUCGAGAGUCAUUCACAGCUGCUAUAUUCCUGGACUGCAGCGUUACUGGCCGUCAGGAUGGGAAGAGAUGCGUGGUGUUGCCGCCGGUGCUGGAGUUACAAUCGAAGACAUCGUCAUGCUGAACGCGCGAUAUGACCUCUCGCAUGUUAAGUUCGAGGCCGUCUCCGAAGCUCUUGCCGCAGAAGAAAGAGAGACCGUGGAAUCUAUUCCUGAAAUCUCCCAGGAGACAACUGCCGUCGAGGAUCCCAAGGCCAUUGAAGUUUCUAAACAUACCACCGAGAAGAAGCCGGCCACCGAGGAACAACCCGUCGACGAGAAAGUGCAGGUCGAAGUCGCAGAAGAAUGCACCUCUGCAAUCAUUCUUGCCCCCGCGACAAGGGACAAGAUAGUCUUCACUGCUCAAAACUGGGAUAUGUCCCACCGACUUGUCAUCGACGACGCCAUCAUCUACCUCGAGAUCCAUCCAGAUCCCUCCGAAAACAUCCCCACAAUGUUUCUCGUCACCGAGGCAGGUCAGCUGGGCCGCUCAGGAUGCAACGGGGCUGGACUAGGUCUCACAGCGAACUCCCUGCAGAGCAAUAUUGAUCAAGCUCCAGACUUAUCAAUCCCUAUCCCCCCCUCCGGGGCAUUGAGACGUCUCUUCCUUGAGCAGUCCAACUACUCCCUCGGACUGAAAUGCAUUGCCCGAACCCCACGCCACGUCUCCUGUAAUAUCAUGGUCUCAUCUGCCGACGAUAUUGGUAUGUGCCUAGAAGUGACACCAAGUACAAUAUUCAGGUCUGUCAUUUCAUCGACCUCGGAAAAGCCAUAUCUCCUCCACAGCAACCACUUCCAGACUGGCCCCUUCCUGUCCCAGACGCAAAUUGCCGAUACAUACCUCGGAGGGAGCUCAUGGUAUCGGGGUGAGCGACUCGAGGUAGGUCUGCGCGACCAGGCACAGAAGGAAAAUUUGAUCGAACAGGAUAUUGUGGCGGCAUUCCAGGACCAUGCGGGUUAUCCCCAUAGUCUAUGUGAGCAUGCCGUGGAACAGAAUUCUCAAGAGGAGAAUACUGGACCGUAUUCUGGGCCCACGUCGACUGUCUGUUGUGUCGUUUAUAAUUUAUCUAAACGCACGGUGCGAGUUUGUAAAGGUUGCCCAUGUGAAGGAAUAUUUCAAGAUUUCGAGUUGCGAUGA